CUAUGGUCGGAAUGACGAUGGCUGUUGAUUCAAGAGAGAGGCUCGCUGGUCUGAUUAACUCAACCAAGAUUGCUGCGGAUAUACCUUCGAAGCUUGCACGUUUGCAUCAAUUGAAGCAUGGUUUGCUCCCCGAAGAUCCUGUUUUACUAUCCGAGCUCCUCCCGCGCAUCCUUGAGCUACAGUCUGAUCGCUUCAGCCCCAUCCGCAAGUCUGUCACAGAGAUGAUUGGUGAAAUUGGAUUGAAGCACAUCGACUUGUUGCCUCAAAUUGUACCAUUAUUGAUAACAGUUUUGACUGACGAUACUCCAGCUGUUGUUCGGCAAUCAAUUACUUGUGCCAUUGACUUAUUUCGGAUUAGUCUCGUAAAAAUCGCGAUGAAGGGUUUAUAUUCUAGCGAGAUAGACAAUUCGCUUCAGUCAUUGUGGACAUGGAUGUUAAAGUUCAAGGAAGAGAUAUAUUCAAUAGCCGUUCAUGGAAACGGUGGAAUGAGUUUGCUAGCUCUCAAGUUUGUCUUAGAAGUAAUUUUACUUUACACACCUGAUCCGAAUGGCUCUUCAGAGCCUCCUGCUAGUGAAGAGAACUCUUUAGAUUUUAAUAUAUCGUGGCUUCGUGGGGGUCAUCCUAUACUCAAUAUUAGAGACUUGUCAACUGAAGCCAGUCAAAGUCUGGGUUUGUUGCUCGAUCAACUCAGAUUCCCAAAAGUGAAAUCUCUCAAUAACACAAAGAUUAUUGUGCUUAUUAAUAGUCUUUCAACAAUUGCAAGAAGAAGGCCUGCAUUUUAUGGUCGAAUUCUUCCUGUGUUACUUGGUCUAGAUCGGUCAGGAACUAUCUUUAAUGGGUUACAUGCUCCUGGUGUACAUUAUGCCUUAAAGAAUGCAUUUCUCACCUGCUUGAAGUGUACUCAUCCGGGUGCUUUACCGUGGCGGGAUCCUCUAGUUGGUGCUCUAAGAGAGAUGAAAGUUGGGGAAUUGGCUGAGCCAUCCCUUCAUCAAUUGUUAACAGUUAAUGGAUCUGUAAAGGAGGAGCAGGGUGACGACCACUUUAUGAAGGAUGAGAAGACUACUGCUAAAAGAACUUCUGAUAUUAUGCAAAAUAAUCUGGGGAGGAAGAGAUCUGGAGAACCAGACAGCUGUGAUUUGAAAGAGGAUGGAAAUGGAUCUGGGAAACGUGCCAGACCAACAACUAAGGUCUCAGAGCCUGAGGAAUCGUUUAAAGAAAUGGAGAGGAGCACUGAUGUGUCUAAGCAUAAUGCAUCAUCAAGUGGAACAUCAUCGAUAGGAGAUGUGGAUUCUGGACCAGCACAGCAACUUGUAGCUAUGUUUGGUGCCUUGGUCGCUCAAGGAGAAAAAGCUAUUGGGUCCUUACAGAUCCUUAUCUCUAGUAUUUCUGCUGACUUGCUUGCUGAGGUUGUCAUUGCUAAUAUGCGUUUCCUUCCUCCCCAUCAGCCCGAUGCAGGAGAUGGAGAACUUCUGCAGAACAUGUCUAUAAUGGGUAGUGAUGCUGAAGUCAAAUAUCCAUCAUCAUUUGUUGCUGAUGUUCUUUCAUUGUCUAGCACUUUCCCACCGAUUGCAUCAUUGUUGGAUUCUUCUAGGUCAUUUUCUGAUCACACGAAACCUCAAGAGGAAGGAGACCAUCAUGCAGUUCCAAUUGUCGGCAGUGCUGGGACAAAUCAUGAUUCUGAAAAUGCUAUUACGGCAACCAGUUUACCUGCUUCCAAAGCUUCUAUAUCUGAAGUGGAAGAAGUUUGCUCAAUCAUCCCAUCUAGUAUACAUGAUAUGGGCAAUUUAGAGAGUGGGAUACCUGGGCUCGAUUCUUCUGUUCAAAGUGAUGGGUUGUCAGAGACCGUUGUUACUCCCUCAAUUGCAUCAUCUGGUUUUGAAGAUUCUAAUCAAGAGAACAUUUCGACUUUGGAUCUAAGCUCGUCCUUGAAAUUAUCAGUUUCUAGAGAAAGAUUGGAGGAACUUAGUCCAAAGGCAGUUGUUUCAGAUGUCAACAGCGUGGUCUCUUCGACUGCAACUUCUGCAGGUAUAUCUUUUCAGUUGGUCCUGCCCAAGAUGUCAGCACCUGUUGUUGAUCUUGUAGAUGAAGAGAAGGAUGAAUUACAAAGACUGGCAUUUGUGCGCAUUGUCGAAGCGUAUAAGCAAAUAGCAGUUGCUGGAGGUUUGCAAGCCCGCUCUUCUCUACUGGCAUAUUUAGGAGUGGAGUAUCCCUUGGAACUAGAGCCAUGGAAAGUGUUGCAAAACCAUAUAUUGGCUGAUUAUAUAAAUAAUGAGGGACACGAGUUGACUUUGCGGGUCCUGUAUAGGUUAUUUGGAGAGGCAGAAGAGGAACACGAUUUCUUUUCAUCUACAACUGCUGCUUCAGUAUACGAGACAUUUCUUCUCACUGUGGCAGAAACACUUAAAGAUUCUUUUCCUCCAUCAGAAAAGUCAUUAAGUAGAUUGCUUGGUGAAGCUCCUUAUCUACCAAAGUCAGUCAUAAACUUGUUGGAAUGCAUGUGUUCUCCUGGAAACAGUGAAAAUGCAGAUAAGGAUCUUCAAAGUGGUGAUCGUGUAACUCAAGGUCUUAGUGCAGUGUGGAGUUUAAUUUUGUUGAGACCCCCUAUCCGUGAUGUCUGCUUGAAAAUUGCCUUACAGAGCACUGUACAUCUCUCUGAGGAAGUGAGGAUGAAGGCAAUUCGUCUGGUUGCUAACAAGCUUUAUCCUAUACCAUCCAUUUCUCAACGAAUAGAAGAUUUUUCUAAGGAAAUGCUGUUUUCUGCCAUUAGUGACCUUGCUACAGACAUGACGGAUGCUGACGGAUCAGUAUCAGAAUCACACAAGGAUGCUGAUCCAGAAAAAGCUGUAAUAGAAUCUAGUGCCAUCAAUAAAGAUAUUUCCUCUGAUACUCAUCCUUCAUCCAUUUCACAACCUGACUCAUCUCUUCCGAUCUCUGAGGCCCAGCGUCGGAUGUCCUUGUAUUUUGCACUUUGUACAAAGAAACACUCACUUUUUCUCCAAAUAUUCAUCAUGUAUAAAAAUGCCUCAAAAGCAAUUAAGCAGGCUGUUCAUGACCAUAUACCAAUACUUGUCCGCACGAUGGGCUCAUCCUCAGAUCUUCUUGAAAUUAUUACCGAUCCUCCAAGCGGAAGUGAGAAUCUUGUGAUGCAGGUUUUGCAUAUACUGACAGAUGGAAUAAUUCCUUCUCCUGAGUUAGUUUUUACCAUUAGCAAGUUAUACAAUUCAAAACUAAAGGAUGUGGAGAUUAUGAUCCUUGUAUUACCAUAUCUACCAAAAGAUGAGGUUAUGAUGAUCUUCCCACAGAUUGUGAAUCUUCCAGGGGACAAAUUUCAAGCAGCACUUCUGCGGAUAUUGCAGGGAUCAUCUCAUUCUGGGCCAGUUCUAAAUCCAGCUGAAGUUCUAAUUGCUAUUCAUGGAAUUGAUCCCGAAAGAGAUGGUAUUCCUCUUAGGAAGGUCACAGAUGCAUGCAAUGCUUGUUUUGAGCAGCGUCAAACUUUCACCCAGCAAGUUGUUGCAAAAGUUUUGAAUCAAUUGGUUGAGCAGAUCCCCCUUCCAUUAUUGUUCAUGCGCACAGUAUUGCAAGCCAUUGGUGCUUUUCCAUCACUGGUAGAUUUUAUUAUGGAGACUCUAUCUCGUCUUGUUGGCAAGCAGAUAUGGAAAUAUCCCAAGCUGUGGGUAGGCUUCUUGAAGUGUGCACUCUUAACAAAGCCUCAAUCAUUCAAUGUGCUGCUUCAGCUGCCACCAGCACAGCUCGAAAAUGCAUUGAACAAAACUGCAGCACUAAAAGCACCUUUGGUUGCUCAUGCUAGCCAACCAAACAUUCGAUCGACGCUCCCGAGAGCCGUACUGACUGUCCUAGGAAUUACCUCGGACACUCAAAAUACAAGCCAGGUGCAAUCUAGUCAAGUGAACACAGUCAAUUCAGGCAACUCGGAGAAGGAGGUCGCACUUACAGAGAAAUCUAAAGAAUCAUCUAUCGCUGGCUGACAGAUCGCCGUUAAUUCUUGAGUCAUAUCCAUUCAAGUUCCAUGUACGUCGAGUCGAGCCUGCAAAGAUUUCCUUGACAAAGAAACUGGGUAACUUUCUCGCAAGACUAGAUUUUCAUCCGAGGUCAGAAAGGCCAACGUUUUGAGCUGACAAAGGUAAACAUCAUUUCCAGGGAGUUUGUUUUCAUUUAAGUUUAAAAAAUAAUGUCAAGAAUCUACAAAAGCUGUAGCCUGUAGGUGGAGAGUACAUCACAUGAAUCUCAUCAAGCAUGUCAUAGCAAGAGAUUGAAAAAGUUUUUUACCUAAUUAAAAAGUUAUUUAAUCUUCAUUA